UCAUUUAUUUUGCAUUUUUUUGCUCUAUUGUGUUCAAAGAGGUUUUUAUUAAAUGUUGUAAUUUCAAUAAAUGUUUGCAUUUUGCGACACAUAUUUAUAUGUUCCUUUUGUUUCACCGGAAAAAUGGAAAAACUUGAUUGCGAAAACCCGGGAAAUUACCGGAAAUUUGAAGUCGUCCGCCAAAUAGCCACCCUGGUAGAGUGGGACUGACAAUUCUGUUCGGGACUAUGUAACUCUUCGAAAAAAAUGCAUCUAAAUUUUACAAGUGCCAUAAACGUGUUACAUUUUUUGUUAAAAAAUUAAAUUUACCCAUUUCCGGAACACAAGUACUUUGUUCACAGAAAUGCAUCUGAAAACGUUCUUAAUUUCUACUUGAAAAGUAUAAUUAGAACUCCAGAUUCCGAAACUCGAUAAUUCUUCCAAUUUAACCCUCAAAGUGCUUAUAUGGUAAAAAUCACGGUAAAGUGCAUCGUGGGUGUUUCAUACCCUAGCGUAUUUAAUCAUGUAUUAUUUAACCCCUAUUGAAUAUUUUGUUACAAUCAAAUUAUCCUAUAUAGUUUAAGAUAUCUUUCAUAAGGUAACGUUGAUUUUAUAGCCAUUUAUUUAUUUCAUGGGGUUUUUUACUUAAAAAGUCAUAACUCACGCAAUUUUAAUGAUUUUAACCUGAAAAUUUAUGACUACUUUUGAAAUAGUGCACUUUCAUAAGAAAAUAUUGUAACAUGAGUGCUUUUAAAAAAGAUAUUUCUUUGCACAGUUGAAAAGUCAAUUUUAUGAUAAAAUUAUGUAUCAGAUUUUUUGCUUUUAAAUCGAUUUAUUAUUAUAAAAAUUGAGUAUCUUUGUUGUGGCCGUAAGUUAUAAGCCGUCUACAAAGAAAAAAAGUAUGAAAUAAAAAAAUAUAUAUAUACACACUGGGUGUCAGAUACCCCAUUUUUUUUACCUCCAUUUUCAGCAGCCGCAGUACGCUAAACGACUUUACUUACAGUUAGUGUCUUCAAAUAAAGCUAGAUGGCGACACUUGCUGAAUUUUUUCAAAUUAAGUAUGGUUUAUAAGUGUUUGAAAAUUGCUUGGGGUGUUUUAUACCCACCAUGCAAUUUAAGAUUUAAUUUUAAAAUCUCUUCUUUCAAAUUGGAUCAAAACUGUAGUAAAAUAUUUACUGGUUUUCGAAUUAUUAUAAGAAAGACAGAAGCGUUUCCGAAAUAAAAAUUUGUCGGUUGAGUGGGACUGACAAUUUUGGUCGCUUAUGUAACGCUUCUCGAGAAAAACUUAUAUAAAUUUAACAAGUGCCAUAAACCUACGUGUUAAAUUCUUUAAUCAAAUAUCAAAUUUACCCACUUUUUUUCGCUUUAGAGUGACGCCACUGAAUUAUUAUACAUCCUUGAAAAGUAUAAUUAAACCUCCAGCUUCCAAAAACAUAAUUAUGUAUAUUCAUUUUUUAGGCUAAUUUUUAUCCACUUUUCGAACUCUGUUGUAUCCAACAGUGCCAAGUUUUUGUAUAUUUUAUUUUUUUUUCUGCAGUACUUUACAGUUUCGAAAUUUUGAAAAGAUUGUGUAAAUUUAAAAAAAAAUAAUUGCACUAAAAUGAGGUUUUUAGGCAUAAAUAAUAAUGACUCGUCUAGCAGAUAUAAGAAAGUUUUAUGAUAAAAAAUUAUCAGCAGCCGAUCAGUGGUGACGUGACAGUAAGUCACGUGAUAUUUUCUCAACGUGUGUUGGUUUACGGCUUUGCGCCACUGUGGCUUCAGCAGAUAAGAUCAUGGUCGACAUUUGUUGAGUAAAAGUAGUCAGUCAGUUGGUCGGUCAUUAGCGUCCGUCUAGCCGUUCAAGUGCUUCAUUAUGACUGAUAAGUCGAUUGUCCCUCAGAAAGCUCCGAUCACUUCUCAUGUGCUCGAUACGAGCAGCGGCAAACCGGCCGCAAACUUGCCUGUGAGUUUGUUUCAAUUUGUUGAUCAACAGUGGACUCUGCUGAAAAAGAGCGAAACUAAUGGUGAUGGUCGGUGUAACGAUCUCGUAGGGAUUGAAAAUUUCACCUCAGGAAGAUACAAAGUCCAUUUCUUUGUCUCACAAUAUUUUGAAACUACAAGCACUAAAUCGAUGUAUCCUUUUGUAGAAAUUGUGUUUGAUAUCGAAAAUCCUCUGGAUCACUAUCACAUCCCUCUUCUUCUCAGUCCUUUUGGCUACACAACUUAUCGCGGAUCCUAAUUUUACUCUCUGAAAUUGCGAAACUGAGCUUUACAUAAAGUUAAUAAAUAUUAGAUAUGUUUAGUUAAUUUUUAAUUUAAUUUGUAAAAGCGUCAGGAAUCUUAUUAAACUGGCAUUUUUUUUGACUAAUAUUAAAUAUGUCAUACCGGUUUAAUAUACGAUGAUCAAAUAUUUAUAUAAUAAAAUUUGAAUAAAAAAAUUCAUGCAAA